AUACCCGCACCUCGCCGACAGAGACGAGGUGGGGGGGAGAGGAGCGAGCGAGAGGGGUCAAAGGUCGCGCCUUCUCUGCCGGAGCCCAUGAUCCCCAUAUGCCCGCUUGUGUCUGUCACUUACGUGUCUGGCCGGCUCGGGGAAGAGGCGAAAAUGGCGGCCAGCAAUUACUUCGGCUUCACGCACGGCGCUCCGCAGUACAGCCAGCAGCCGACGGCCGUGGCCUAUUCCCACCCGUCCACGGCCGUUAGCUACACCAUGCCGCAGGCGCCCACCGUCUACGCCCCGGCCGCUGCCGCCGCCGCUGCCGCCGCCCCGGCUGCCGCGGCGGCGGCAGCGGCCGCGGCCGCCGCUCGCGCCGCCCCCACCGUGGCAGCGUCGCCGGCAUACGGCGCCUACGCCGCCGCCGCCGCUGCCGCUGCCGCAGCAAGCCACGGCGCCGACUACGGGUACGCACAGCGCCAGCAGGAAGCUCCGCCGCCCCCGCCGCCGCCCACCACCACGCAGAACUACCAGCUAAUUCCGCAGGCCAUGGCUGCCGUCAUCGGCCAUAGGAGGAACCACAUGCAUGAUGUCACACACCUCCCUUUGCCUUGGGAGAUGCAAGGACCCGGGCAGGGAAACCAGGAGACCUACACCUAUGUGCGCUCGUCGGCUGGGGUCGUCGGAUAUGACAAGCAAUACUACCCACAGCCGGCCGUGUCUCAGCCGCAGCACACCGGCGCCGAGACGUACUAUCAGAGCGUGAUCCCGCCGAUCACGUCGAGCCUGUCCGUGUCGGCGGCGCAGAAGGUCGGCUUCAGCCAGGCGGCGCCGCAGUUCACGCAGACGCAGCAGCCGCGCCAGGUGACGGCCAUCAAGCAGGCGACGCCGAGCACGGCGACGAGCACCUACACCGUGUACCCCGUGAGCUCCGCCGUGCAGCCCGUGGUGGCGGCGGCGCCCGCCGUGGUGCCCUCCUACACGCAGAGCACCAGCUACAGCACCACGCCCGUCACCUACACGGGCGGCGCGUACUCGGGCUACGAGGCCGCGGUGUACUCGGCCGCCACCUCCUACUACCAGCAGCAGCAGCAGCAACAACAGCAGCAGCAGCAGCAGAAGCAGCACGUGUCCCCCUGGGGGGCCAGCGCCUUCAACAAGAGGCCGGCGUUCCAGGGCAAGCCGUCGCGGCCCAAGCUCUCGCCCAAGCAGCCGCAGCUGCACUACUGUGACGUCUGCAAGAUCAGCUGUGCCGGGCCGCAGACGUACCGCGAGCACCUGGAAGGGCAGAAGCACAAGAAGAAGGAGGCGGCCGCCAAGGCGGGCACGGCGACCACCACGACGGCGGGCCGCGCCACCCAGCAUCAGCUGCGCUGCGAGCUGUGCGACGUCACGUGCACCGGAGCCGACGCCUACGCAGCGCACAUCCGCGGUGCCAAGCACCAGAAGGUCGUGAAGCUACACACUAAGCUCGGCAUACCCAUCCCGGAGCCCGCUCAGGACAGCCAGCCCGCCGCCACCGCCACCGCCACGGCGGGGGCCAAGGCGGUUUCCGCCACGGCCAGCGGUGUCGCGGCCGCGACGGCGGCGGCGGCUAAGGGAACGCCGGCGUCCACGCCGGCCGCUGCCACCGCCGCUGUCGGCGCCGCCGCUGCCGCCGCUGCGUCUGUCGCGUCGCCAGCAGCUAAAGUGUUGCCCAAGAAAGUGGCGACCCCCAAGAUCACGUUUGUCGGUGGCAGCAAGCUGCAGACGACCGGCGGCAAGAUGGAGGAGGUGAAGGUGGCGGAGUUGAAGGCGGCGGAGCAGCCCAUCGUGUGCCAGGGCGAGGAGGCCGUUGAGUCGUCGCCCGUGCAGGACGUGCUGCCCGUCGGAUACGACUACGUGGAGGAGGUCUGCAACGACGACGGGCGAGUAAUCCGAUUCUACUGCAAGCUGUGCGAGUGCAGCUUCAAUGACCCCAACGCCAAGGAGAUGCACCUCAAGGGGCGCCGCCACCGCCUGCAGUACAAGAAAAAAGUGAACCCGGAGCUGCAGGUGGAGGUGAAGCCGAGUAUCCGCGCCCGCAAGUUCCAGGAGGAGCGCGUGCGCCUCUCCAUGCAGAAGGAGGAGUACUGGCGGCGGCGCGAGGAGGACGAACGCUGGCGCCAGGAGAUGAGGCGCUACGAGGAGGAGUUGUACUGGCGCCGCGUGGAGGAGGAGGGACCGUACUGGGAGGAGCGCUGGCGUUUUGACGGCUUCCCGCCAGGACCCAUGCACCGCCCGGGUCCCCCCAUGGCCCCCCCGGCUCCCAUGGCGAUGCGCCGCCCGGACUCGCUGGAGGACCGGCAGGUGAUGGGGAAGCACACGCUCAUCUACCCGACGGAGGCCGAACUGUCCGCCGUGCAGAACAUCGUCUCCCACGUGGAGCGCGCCCUCAAGCUCGUCUCCGUCCUCUACAGCCUCCCGGCCGCCACCGCCGCCACCGCCACGGCCGCUUCCACCGCGCAGGAGGGCGCCGCGCCGCCGCCGGCCGACAAGUCGGACCCUCCGCCGCAGCGGCUGCUGAAGGGGGUGAUGCGCGUCGGGCUGCUGGCCAAGGGGCUGCUCCUGCGCGGAGACCUCAGCGUGGAGCUGGUGCUGCUGUCCGUGCAGAAGCCGACCAAGUCGCUGCUGCUGCGCGUCGCCGACGCGCUGCCUGCGCAGCUCGCCUUGGUGACGGAUAAGAAAUAUGAGGUGACAAAGAAGGUGGACGAGGCGGCGGUGUUGAUCAGGGCGGUGGGCGAGCCCAAGACCGAGGUGAUCGUCCACCUAACGUCCCCGGACAUGCGGGAGCUGCUCUCGGACACGCGGGACAAGGACGCAGAUGUAACCACCGGUACGGCGAAAGACCCCCCGGACGUCUUGGACAGGCAAAAGUGCCUUGACGCUCUGGCAGCCCUUCGCCACGCUAAGUGGUUCCAGGCUAGGGCCACGGGCCUGCAGUCGUGCGUCGUCGUCAUGCGCGUCCUGCGCGACCUCUGCCGCCGCGUGCCCACGUGGGGGAGCCUGCCCAGCUGGGCCAUGGAGCUUCUGAUUGAGAAGGCCAUCAGCAGCAGUGCGGGGCCGCUGAGCCCCGGAGAGGCCCUGCGCAGGGUCCUGGAGUGUCUCGCCUCUGGGAUUCUGUUCCCCAACGGCCCGGGCCUGUACGACCCGUGUGAGAAGGCCCCCACGGACGCGCUGGCAUCCAUGAGCAUGCAGCAGAGGGAGGAUGUUACCGCCAGCGCUCAGCACGCCCUGCGCCUCAUGACGUUCCGCCAGGUGUACAAGCUGCUGGGCAUGGACACGCCGCCGCUCAGGACGCAGGCGCGGAGCCACAACCGCAAGCGGCGCUGCGACGGAGGAGAGGAGGGUGACGGCGACGGCAAGAAGGACAAGAAGGAGGCCUAGGCCAAGGGUGGCGGGGGGGGGGGCGGUGGUCACCCUGCUGCCCACCCGGCACACCCGGCAACACGCUGCCCGCCCACACCGCCCUGCCCGCACCACCCGGUCCCUGCCCUCGUCCUCUCGCUCCUCGCGUCUCUCGCUCGGUUCGACCCCCGUCCUUCCCGGCUGCCGUUAAAGGCGUCGGCAAAUGUCGCUCGCGCAGCUUGCUCGGCUCGCUCACUGUGCGCCGGGGUGGACGACCGCGGGGUGAAGAGGAGGAGUGAACGGAAGGAAGUCCGUUAAGAGUGAUGAUAUUUUUAUUUAAGGCCGCAGCGGCAGCAGAAGGAUGACGAUCAUACGAAGGUUUUAUUAUUGUCGGCUUACGGUUUGUCACAUUCCUCUGGCUGCUAUGCCGGCGAGUCGCUCAUCAUUUACAGAGUUUUAAAAUUGGUUUGGGAAGUCUCGUUUCAGGCAGCGGCGCGCCGUGUCUUCACGGGCCUUGGCAUCUGCCGAUGAGACCCAGAAGUUCAAAACCGGUCCAUGACUUGCCUGCUUAAAAAAAUGCCCCUGGAAAGCAUCGGUUCCGGAAGGCCGGAUGUUGCCGACGGAAAAAAACGCUGCGGAGGAAUGAACUUCCCGUGUGGCUGCGCUGGAUUAGUUACUCGGUUAAUUAAGCCUGCGGUCCGCAUAUGCAGCCGCGGUUGCAGAGCGAGCGGCACGAGGGCAGCAGCAGCAGCCCUUGCCGUCCGUCCGUAGCUCCGCGCGCUUCUGCUCUUGGCGACCAUAAAUCACAAAUAAAUGGCGUGGGCCUUGGUGACUAGCCACAAUCGGGGGAGCUGACCGUGAGGUCGUGUGUCACCCCCCCUCCCCUCGAUUGCACCACCCCAACCACCCCCCUCCCCCCCCCAUACACCAACGGCAAUAUCGCGGGGAUUGCCCUCCGUCUCCGGAGCGAGUCCGUUAGGUUUGAGCGGAUGACUCGGUAGGGGCGGCGUCGCGCUCCCCUGCGUCGCUCUGCCACGAUGUGUUCGUGCUGAGCGGGUGCAGUCAUCGUGCGGAACGCCCCCCCCACCCCUCACCCUCCCGUGCGCCCACCACCACCACCACCACCGCCGUCCGCCGUGGCGGCGCGGGUUGCCGUUCUACCGUAACCGGUGUUCACCCGCCGACUUCGGCAGCAUCCCAGACUCGGAUAUCGGCUAGACUUUUCAUUCUAGCUGUACACACACGCACGCGCGCGCGCGCUCGCUCGCUCGCACGCUAAGAAUGUUAAUGUAUAAUAAAUGAAUAACCACAUACGUUAGUGGACGCAAAAAACCUCGAUGUCUAGAUGUUCUGAAGAUUCUGUAGGACGGUGAGUUUCGGCUCAAGUGAAUUUGUGUUACAUUUUGUUUCUCAUUUCAGUUUGUGGCUUCCCGUCGUGAAACCGGUGAUUAGCUGCUUCGGCAGCGCUGCUGCGUAGAGGAGGGGGGAGGAGGAGGGGGUGGCUCCUGCCGCCGUAGAGGAGACCCCCAGCAGUGCGUUAGGGGGUGUAGAGCGUGACGCAUAGAGGCCCCCCGCCAACCCACCGCCCCGUGGUUUCCUUCGCAGUGAACUCAUCACGUCGCUCCCACUUCUACCAACGUUUUUGUUGCGGGUCGGAUCUCACGUUGGGAGCUUGCCGAUAUGGCCCUGCCAGUUGCACUCCAAGCGUCGGACAGUUGAGUGUUUAUUCGACAAGUUCUGAAUUUGGUUAAUAUUUAUUUGUUAAUUUUAACGAAGAGAACCCCCCUAAAACCUAACACGAAUCUUUUGCCUAAAUUCAAUCUGCCUUGUUGAUCCAGUCCAGGUUGUGUUUUUGAUGCUGUGGCUGCUGCAGCUGCGGUUGCGGCUGUUACUGCAGCUGCUGCGGCUGCUGCGUGGAUGGCCAGUGGGCCUACCCAAACACUGCCAGGGCUGGCAGCAAAACGUGGGCUGGAUUGAUGCGACCUACACCUGGGCCAAUGCAGAGUAGCAGCCCGAGCUAAAAUCCCAGUCUCGGUCCUUCUUGAGCCCCCCAAGUGCUUUCAGGGCUGCCACUGGCGCGUUGUUCGCCUCGGUGUCCGACGUUUUUCUCUCCACGUGUCGGCAGCUCUGGGAACGGAAUUCGUUUACCCUCACCCCACCACCCCCGGGAGCGCAAACGUGUAGGAUGUUACGGAGCCCGAAGACGCGCCAGGAGAAGGAGGAGAGAGUCGUCCAAGCACGAGCGCGGAGACCGACCGGCUCGUUGGGGCCCAGACAGUGUCCCGCUCGCUCCAGGAGCUUUGUUUUCUAAGAACGUUGUUGUUGUUUUUAUUUAUUUCACGUAUUUGUGCGCGCGACGGCUUUUACUUUUGCCCAGUUGUGUCCAGUUUGUUGACGUCGUCGCGAGCGACGCACACAUGCGUUCCGCGUGUCCCUUAAACUCCACUGCCGGGCUUUAUCGCGACUCUCCUUGCUCCACGUUUUUCGGCCUUGCCCGGGGCGGCCCACGUGUGGCGGUGCCGCCGAGCACGUGGGCAUUGCAAAAACGUGGCAUGGAGUCGCAAAUGCCCAGGACGUGGCUUUUGUGGACAGCCGGUGGCUGAAUUACUGACUUGACCUUGCAUGCUUUCAGGCUUUCAAAACUCACCGCGUAGUAAGAGUUACCGUUGUUUUUUAUUUUUUUUAGUAUUAUUAUUCAGACGAUGCUUGUUGGUUCCAGAGCUCGCCCCCUUUGUUCUUGAAGGUAACGCGAUUGGCAACACCUUUUUAGUUUGUGACACAAACAGGACACGGGGGGGGGGGAAGCUGCGUCGUGACUUCCGUGUACAAGUGCAGUGUUGUGUUUGGAUGUCGGUGUCGCCCGAUGUAGAAUUAAAAACCUCGAGAAAUAAAACAACAAGU